AUGGUCCACCCCACUACCACCUGCUGCAAGACCACACAGGACGGCUCCUGCGUCUGCGCCGCUCAGGCUAAGUGCUCAUGUGGCCAGCAGAGCGCCCUCCACUGCAGCUGCAACAAGGCUUCCUCUGAGAACACUAUCUCUGGUCCCCGCUGCUCAUGCCGCACUCGCCCAGCUGGCCAAUGCACCUGUGAGCGAGCGGUCACUGAGAACCAGGCUGUUUCUGGUGAGACCUGUGCCUGUGGCAGCCGUCCUCAGGCUUCUUGUACCUGUGAGAAGGCUGCUGCUAUUGAUUCCGCCCUUGAGGUUGACUUCACUGGCAGUGCUUAA